AUGGAACCACGUGAACGAGUGUAUGCUCGGCAUGGCAAUCUCUUCAAGUUGAUCAUCCAGCGUGCCUUGCAAGCCAAUGUGGCUGUUGCCUCCAGCACCAACCUGCGUGAAAGAAUGAGGUCAAUUGAUGCUAGAGUGCUUUCGGGCCACAUGAUUCCCGGCCACACACCACUUUGGCUACAAGCGCUGCAUCGAGUUUUUCAGGAUUUGGCAGAAACAGAGCGCACUGAAGAAGGUCCAGUUGCAUAUGUUGCAACCUGGUACCUACAUGCUGUAUACGCACCGCGUUGUGAACCAGGACGCACGGUGCGCUUGCGUGAUGAUCCCCUGAAUUGGCAACGCACACUCAGUGAAGCUUGGGGCGAUCGGUAUGAUUCCAGCAGACCAGCCGAUCUUUUCUGGGUCUCACCAGCCCCUCCGACCUCUUUGACAGAUCAUGUACUGGGUCACAUUUUGUUCGUUCAACAUCUACCCGCACAUUCAGCUGCAACAUUGCUGACUGCCAGAGUACGUGACCAAGAAGGGCAAACCUUGCGUCGGGUAGCAGCAUGCAUUCCACAAGCCUCCUCUGCUGAGGACAUUGUCGCUGCAUUUCCCAUUCCAGGACCGUUGUUGAGAUACCCCAGAAGAGUUGGACGCGGCCAAACCUUCUUUGAUCCCAACAUCCCCACGCAGGUGGCCUCAGGAGAAGGUAUUGUGAUUGAUAUCAUCGACGCAACGCUUACAUCCCCAGCGGAAACCAACGCAGAAGGCACCAACUUCCUUCAAACACAUGCGCGACUCACUCGACAGUCAACACACAGUUCUCCUUCUGCCGAACAAGCACUGGAAGAACGAAGGUGCCUAACAGUUGGGCAGGUGGCUCAUACCCAACGACCUUCCUUCCAAGAGGCAAAACAGACUGUCAGCCUUGAGGAGACCAUUCCUGUCUUCCCGAAGGUGCAGGUAGAUUUCAGACCGGUGCAACAGAUCCUAGAAGCCAUCCACAAUGCAACCAAUGAUUUCCUACAGGACUGGCCUACUGGCCUUGAACUACCACAGGUCACUUGCGAUGCCCUGUCUGAACUCAUUGCUACUCCAGACGAGGCUCCCCUUGCCCUCCACUUCUACACCGAUGGAUCGAAAAUCACAGAUGGAGCGGUAGGUGCAGGCAUCGUUUUGCUCACUGAGCAUCACCAAGGUCUGGCAUACGGAGGCGCCCUUUGCAAAGUGAUCUCACCAGAAGGACAUGCAGGAGCAGGUGAAAAUGGAGCAGUUGUUUGGGCUCUUCUUUGGGCGCUUCAACUCAGCAAUCACUUGUGGACGCACUUUGGAGUUGCGGAUGUCCACUUUUAUUUUCAUUUUGAUGCCUUGAAUGCCGGCUACUUGGCGGGCGGUUAUUACCGUACAAAACAAUUUCCACAUCAUCGCGCACUGAUGCGCAGUCUCGCCCAGAUUCUCCAGAGUCGGCACGGUCUCUCCAGAAUGCACUGGAGACACGUCAAGGCACAUUCAGGCAACCCACGGAAUGAGCUUGCCGACACGAUUGCGAAGUUCGCCUCGCAGCACCCCGAUCAAGUUCCACAUAGUGAACUCUGGCAUGCCUGGCUACAAGAUCCUGUGCAGCUCCUAGCUGUCCAAUGGGUUUGGUACCUUGAACAAAUGCAAGCUGAGUGCCCGCAUGCUCCUCAAUUCCGAAGCGGUUUCUUGGAGUGCAGUCUCACACAAAUACCCCAAGUUCAACCAGAGGAUCCGGAAGUUCUCUACACAUUACAUUCCUCCGUCCCACCCACGCCUUGGUGCCUUGAUCCACAUGUCGCCGCCGUGAACUUAGCUCAGAAUGUCACUGCGGCCUUACGACAAAUCACGAGGAUUCGACAAGCACUCAUUUCUUUGCAAGCUGAAGGUGACCCUGAUUUUGCAUGGUGGGAGCCUGAUCCAACCACACCGCUGGUCCGCACAUGCUUUGAGCAGUUCGCAGAAUGUUUACAGCAGUGGACUCACACCCCCACGGAAGAAGCCUUCCAUAAUGAUUUCUUCAACCUCCUUUUCCACUUCGGUAUUCCAGAAUUCCAGGCUGCGAGGAUUUUUAUCGCGUGGAUUGAGACUGACUUCCAAGACUUGCACUCGAGCAUUGACCUCGAGCUCUACGAAGUAUUGGAACGCAGCCACAUGUCUAUGCUGGAUGACAUCCACAUUUGGCACCUGCGCACGCGAAAGCGAUUCCUUCAACAGUGCUGGGACCGACUUGAACAAGGAGAACCCAAACCCAAUCGAGCACAACAACAGCGUUCCACUCCGCAUUCGAGGAGUCAUCCAAUCUCCUCCCGCUAUGUGGCCAUGCCGGGUGAAGAAGCAGAACGGCGACAUUGGGUCAUCCUGCAGACACCGAAAGUCAUGCGACAAAUGAGCACAGUACCAGCCUUCCGACAGUUCCGCGGAAGCGCCAGUACUUGCACAGCAGCUGGCAGCGAUCUCGGCCUGCGUGGAUCGCGACCGAAA